AUCCACUUCACUUCCAGAAACCCGAGUUCAUAUUUAAUUUCUGCUUUUCCCUGCCCUCCAUUCUGCAUCAUAUCCAGGGGAAACGAAACACUCGCCUCCAAGCUACGACCAAUCCAUCUAUCUGAUUUCUUUCAACCCACACCGACACAAUGCCCCGUUCCAAGCGUGCCAGAGUCGUGCACGAGUCCAAGACCGCAAAGAAGUCGCACAAGGAACAAACCAGACGCCUAUACGCCAACAUCCGAGAAUGCGUGGAGAAAUACGACCAUCUGUUUGUGUUUGGGGUGGAUAACAUGCGCAACACAUAUCUGAAGGAUGUGCGUACGGAAUUCGCUGAUAGCCGACUCUUCUUCGGCAAAACCAAAGUCAUGGCCGUCGCGCUGGGCCACACGCCCGAGAACGAAGCCGCGGAGAACCUGCACAAGCUCGCGCCGACGCUGACGGGCGCCGUCGGCCUCCUCUUCACCUCGCGCGACCCAGCCUCGGUAACGGACUACUUCGACGGCUUCCGCCCCCUGGACUACGCCCGCGCGGGCACUGUCAGCACGCGCGCCUUCACCAUCCCCAACGGACUGGUGUACUCGCGGGCCGGGGAGAUCCCCGCCUCGGAGGACGAGCCCGUCAGCCACACGAUUGAGCCCGAGCUCCGCAAGCUGGGCGUGCCCACCCGCCUCGUCAAGGGCAAGGUCAUGCUGGAGCUGACCGACGACCAGGAGGGCUACCCCGUGUGUCGGGCCGGCGAGGUGCUGGACUCACGGCAGACGACGCUGCUCAAGAUGUUCGGCGUCGUCUCGUCGGAGUUCCGGGUCGCCUUGAAGGCGCACUGGACCCGGAGUACGAAUGAGGUCGAGCUGUUGGAGAAGGAUGGGGAUGGCAUGGAGGAGUAAAGAAAAAAAGAAAUCUUGUGACGACAACACCAGACACAAAAAAGCAAUGAACAACUCUAAGAUUUAUCAUGUUUUUCUUUUCCAAAGGUCUGCGGGGCGGGUCUCUUUCAUAUACACCUUUUUUUUUUUUUGUUUCUGUUUUU